UCUCUUUUGCUCCUCUUUCUCAGUGAAGCGAUUGUUUUUUUCCUUUGAAUCAAUAGCCUCAGUCUUUGGAGUACUUGUUCUCUACUAAUAUAUCCUACAGAGAAAAUGACAGCAGGACAUGCUAUUUUAUCUUCCUUUCAUUCUUCAAAAUAGUUCCUAGUGUUCAAAGUUUAGACAGAUGCAUGCCUGCACCCGGUCGGGGGACCCAACCGGAGACAAAUUAUGAAAUGAAAGUUUCAAAAUCGAUGAAAAAUCGUACUAAAAAUUAAAACUAGUAUCGUUGUGUUUAUAUAAUUUUGAAGUAAAGCCCUAUAUGGAUAUAUAUCAAUUACGUUCUUCUCGGAUAAAGAUGGUAUACGCACAAUAAUGAUAUUAACCAGCAUAAAACAAAACUCAAAUAACGUAUGGACGAGUGUUGAUAAGACAGGUGUUAAAUCACCCCAAUCUAUGAUAAAUGGAAACGCACAUCACAUGGAGAUAUAAAUGGAAUGGUUGUUAUGUAGUAGGAUUUUCCAAUUCAUAGCUUGAUAAUAAGAAAAGGGCAAAAAAGGUUUGAAUUUCAUUGAUGUUUGGGGAUUUUCUAGAACUAUUUCAGUCCCUUGGCGUAAAAGAAAAUGUUUUUGUUUAUUGAACAUUCGGAAAAUUGGUAGAGUCGAAAGCGUUAAUUAUAAAACCAAACAUGAGGGGGCAACGUGAAAUAAAGAAAAUGGAAAAAAUAAAUAUAUGAAUAAGUUUCUGGGAGAAACGGUGACAAUUUAAAACGUUAGGAGUUGCUUUAAUGUUUUCAUCGAAAACAUUAGCCUCUCGUCCUGGAUUGAAGCUACUCUCCAAUUCGAGAUAAAGUUUACGUAUUUAUGUAUGUAUACACAUAAAUGUUUACUAAUAAAAUGACAAAUGAUUUGUCGCAAAUGUCAAAAUUCCUUGAAAUACCGGUCUACUUGUAUGAAACAUUUAAAAUACCAAUAUGACAUCUAAAAAGAAUAGGCCACUUUAGGAAAAAAAAAAGCACAAAAAACGGAUAAAAUUCUACAAUACUAUACAGACUAUCCCACUCUUUAGAUGUUUACAGAAUGUCAAGAUUGUCGUUUUGAUUCUUGGUUUAUUUGUUUGUUUGUUUACCUGCUGCUUAUGAAAUUUCUACUUCGCGACAUCUAUUGCCCACAUGUCUAAAGUCAAUUAUUUAUAACUAGAUUGCAAAUGCAACAAGGCAAGCAAUUCCCAAAUGUGCAGCUCCAAAACAUAUCCAUAACUCCUCCCAUAAAAGACCUGAACCCCAAUCACUGGUUCUAGAAUCCUACAAUAAUAUCAUUCAGGUUAUUAGCUUAUAGGAUGUCUUCGACACAAAAUCACAUUCAAUGGUAUAAGUACGCUAUUCACAACAGUCGCUCCCUCCCGAAUUGUCUGGACUAAGCCUUAUUGGAAUUAGUUAUGUCACGUGAAUUGUAUAGAAAUGUCAAGAAGAUAAUUACUAUGCAAAUAAAACACUAGCAAGUGUUAAUUUUAUCCCACUUUAAACUGCAAUAGCAUUUUUCACAUUUUAAAGUUGGUGAUUUGGCGUGUUUGUACUUCGUAUUCGAUUCAAAUCAAUUGACACGUUUUUGGGGAUAUUAUGCCAAAUACAAGUUUUCACUUGGAGCAUAUCCAGAAAUGCAACUUCUGACGUAUUCCUCAAAAAUACAUGUAACCAGACAAACACUCAAAAUACAUUCAACAACAACAAAAAUUAGAUGCAAGGGUUCGACAAUGAACAAAUAAUGCAAUUCAUUUAUCACUCAAUUAGUUUAAAGAUGCCCGUAAUGCUAACAAGUGUGUGGUUUCUGGGAUUGUUGGUACCUACUCUCCUCGCUGGUAAGCCAAACCUCGUACGAUUCGAGAGAACUACAUUACCAACCAGUACUCCGGACAAGGCCCGCUCAGUCGGCGGUACAGGGGCUUCUCAUUCAUGUAAAGAGCCCCUUGGAAUGCAAAGUGGAAACAUCACGUGGAAACAGAUCAAGUUUGGCUCCGUUUUCCAUGACUCAUACGGAUAUCCAUAUGGGCAACCCAGGCUUAAUCGGACAGAGUUCCCACCAGGUUAUCGAUCUGCCGCCGGUAAAUGUAACUCGUCGGGUUACGUUGCUGUAGAGUUUAAGACGAAGACGUUGGUGACAGGGAUCGCGACACAAGGUUAUGGUGGCGACGAAGUCGAAGAGUGGGUCACAAGCUUUAACCUGUAUUACUACAAGCUCAAUGAGAGGGAGAUCAAGGCGUACCCUCACGAGUUCUUAGGGAAUACAGACAGAAACACCAUCGUAUAUAACGAGAUACCGCAGCCGCGAGAGGAGCUCAAAACUAUUGUGAUAUGGCCGAAAGAUUGCCAUAACAACGCGGGGCUACGCUUUGAGUUGUACGGAUGCGUCCUUAAAAAGUCGUAUGUUAUCUGGGUUAGACUUGAGGAUGAGCCCUUUCACGGCGACCUUUUCAACAGUUUAACCACAAAGUAUACCCGUCUAGCUGAGGACGUGAAAGCCAAGGUGGCCAGCCUUAUUUCCAAGCUAACAGGAUUCUUGUUUGUUCAUGUCGUGCGCAUGAGUCCUGGCAGUGUCAUUGUCGAGUUGGACGUGGGCGCGGUCGAAGGGGAGGUGGAGAACCUUAUCAGUAACGCCUCUAGGGUUCUUCUUGGAGAUGCCACCCUUGGACUCGACAAAAGCUAUUUCAAAAUCCAGGAUCCAAAGGGUACUGAUAAAUGCAAGCCACCAAAAAUAACACUUGAGCUGCCUAAAGAAUUGAAUCACGCACAGCAGAUCCGCCGCUCCAAAAGUUACAUAAUUAAAUCUGAGGUCCUUUGGGAUUGUGGUUCUGAUCUUAGUCGCUUCAGUACGUCUUGGACAUUCUCAAAGCAGUACAAUGAGAGUGGUUAUUUUGAGACGUAUAUCAAAAGAGAGGGCUACCUUGCUACUAGCUACGAGAUUGCAAGAGAUUCACUCCCCUAUGGGAGAUACUAUCUACAGCUAGAUGCUGGGAUUAAACACACAAGAAUGUUCAGCUAUGCUUUUGGAUUCUUUGAGAUUACUAAGACUCCUCUAUUGGUCAAAAUAUCUGGGCCAGAGAGGGUAGUGAAGGACACAAAUGAUGUGUUUGCACUUGAUGCAAAGGGCUCACAGGACCCGGAUGUGCUUGGACAAAGCUAUAAUACAAUGACAUUCGAAUGGUACUGCAAGAGAAGUGACGAGGAGUGGCCUUACCCACUCUAUACCAAAGUCACCCGAAGGUUAAUCCAGCAAGUAAGAGAGGCUAGACCUAAUGAGACUCUUCAAGACUCUGGCUGUUAUGGUACAGGUAUUGGACGGCUCAGUGAAACUGGACCAGUGUUGACAAUGAAUUUGUUGAAUAUGACCGGUGGAGUAACGUAUGAUAUAGCUAUGGUUGGUAUGAAGGAUACACGAGAGGAAGUGGCAUCCCAUUCAAUAGAUGUCGCAAGGGCAGUAUUUACCAUGACGAUCCAGUGCAUUCAGAAUUGUGGAAAAUACAGCCCUGAGAAAGAUCUCAUUCUAAAAGCUCGAUGUUACGGGACUCUGUGUGAUGCUGAUAAGAUUUCCUAUGUGUGGUAUGUCCUUCAAAAGAAGAAGGUAGAAAACGAGGACCCAUGGAUCGAAGUAUGGCGAUUCCUUGGCAAGGAGCCAAGAAUGUCUUUUAAACCCAAGUUCUUCGACAUCCGCAAGGAGUACAAGAUCAUGCUGGAAUCAAAGGCAGAAUCUGGGAUAACAUCGCAGUCAAAUUUUACCAUAAUAGCCAACGUCCCUCCUCAGGGAGGUAUAUGUAAGGUGGACAAACUAAUCGGCGAAGCAUUCACUACGAAGUUCAACUUUUCGUGCGAGGGAUGGGAGGACGAGGAUCCGCCACUCAGUUACAAGUUCCAAUACACAAAGGAUUCCGGAGUUAGAUUCUUGUUGCAAAAUAACAAUAACUCUAAGGUUACAACCCAACUACCGGUGGGGAAUACCGAAAUGGACUACGCAAUUCCGGUCAGCAUCACAAUCAGCGAUGCGCUUGGGGCAGGGACUGAAGUGGAAAUCAUUGUCAAGACUAAGCCAUGGCUCUUCACACUUAAACCAUCCAAUGCUUCAUCUUCAGGUGCCAAGGUGAAGCCUACGGUAGUGAGGAACGUGACGUUGUUCCAGUAUACAGUUGGCGCGAAUAGCAGGUUGAGUAUACUGCUGAAGAACAAUGAUGUCAAACAAGCCACGAAUCUCGCGAACGAGGUGCUAUCCAUGAUGUCUAACGAUGCGGUCACAAAUAUGACAGCGGAAGACAAAAUAAAGAUCAAAGACGAGAUGAUGUCACAGAUGGCGAGUGUGAAUGUCAACGACAUAAGUAAGCUCAUCCAGGUGGCGUCUGUGGUCGCUGGCGUGACGUCGAACAGGACAGAGCUGUCAGAGGCCUCUCAAGAAAAGUCAUUGCUUGUCCUGGAAUCCAUGACUUCAGCGUUCUCUCAAAUUUCGGGAAACGAUACAAAAGAUUCUACAAAAAGUGUGAUGGCUGAGGCGGGAGAGAAUCUGCUUCACUGCAUCGGUAACGUGCUGGAAACGUCAGCCUUCUACGCCAAAGUGCCAGCAGGUGAUAAGGGAGACAGCGAGGCGGAAAAGGAUGACAAUAAGAAGAAUAAGAAUAAAAUGUCAGCAAAGAAAGCAUUAGCAAUGAUUGAAAACGUCGGCGACAGUUUGUUGAAGAGACAGACAACGGAAGAUGAACCAAUCCUGAUCCAGACACAAAGCAUUCAGAUGGUCCUUGACAGAAAAAAGCCCGAGGAUCUCAGUAAGCCUAAAAGUGUGGGGAAUAGCAAGGUUGCACUGCCUAAAUCGGAUGUGCUUCUACGAGGCAUGGGAACCCACUCAGCUGUCGACACACAGAUGCUUUCAAUGAAGCAAAACCCGUAUACAUGGGACGCAAGCGCGGAUAAAGUUAAGUCCCCUGUUCUCAGUAUCGACUUAAAAGACACUUCCGGUCAAAAGCUUGAAAUUUCUGGAUUAAGAGAGGAAAUUGAGCUCAUAGUCGAAGGACCACCCGAUGCAAAGGUCUUACCACCAAUAGCCAGCUUUCUCAAACCGAGCGUCAAUGGCAGCAUGCAAUUUCACACAACAAACGUUACAUCCAAAGACGUGACCAUACAAGUGACGCUGAUACCUACAGGAGGAAAAGAACUGUCGGUUUAUUUCAGACAUAGACGGCGCCCUACAGUGGAAACCCAUGAUUAUCAUACCAAGGUACCUGACUACUCUAGCUGUACAAAGGUCAGUGAUAAGGAUCUUGAAAGCGGGCAAGUACUCACGGAUUAUGGAAUCGGCGAUAGUGUAACCCAGGAGGCAGGAUACUUCAACUGUACCAGGGACCCUUACGUGAUAACUAUAUCACAAGAAAUGAUAAACGGUACAGGAUUAUACUUCAUUGGUUUGUUGUAUAACCACACGGGGGCCGAUGCGAAGUCAAGGAGACGAAGAUCUUGUUUAUCCGGGAGACAGAAACGAGAUGUGAUUUGUGCCGAGUUCAAGGACCCACCAACCACUCCUCCUCCUACACCGCAAAUCAUUCGCCCAAAGUAUGAUCCUCAGACAGACGUAAACUACUCAAUAGCUAUAUCAGCAAAGUCGUGCUUGUAUUGGUCGGAGGAUAAACAGAAAUGGACGAGCGAUGGCUGUAGGGUCAGCCCCAAGAUUAUGAACAGCUCGAUCGUGUGUCUGUGCAACCACUUGUCGUCAUUUGGGGGAGACUUCUUCGUGGCGCCAAACCCCAUCGACUUCGACAAAGUCUGGGCAGGAUUUGCUAACAUCGGAAAGACCAAGAACUUCGUCGUGUUGACUACCCUUUGUACUAUAUUCGCGUUCUACAUAAUAGCUGUUAUAUUCGCAAGAAGAGCGGACAAAAGUGACAAACAAAAGGUCUUGAGCUCCGUACCAGUCGGGCAAACACCAAAUGGCACGUACUGCUACGAGAUCACGGUAUACACUGGUAUAUGGCGACGCUGCGGUACAACUUCCAACGUGGCUAUGAAGAUAUACGGAGACGAUAUGGACACCGGCACGGUGCCACUGUCGUACAGCGCAAUGUGUGACAAGAAGCUCUUCGCACGAGGAAGCGUGAACACAUUUAUUUUCCCUGCAGAGCAAAGCCUAGGAGAUAUCCAACACAUUAAGGUGUGGCACGACAAUUCCGGCCGCCAUCCUGCCUGGUACCUACGACAAGUGGUCAUCCGGGACGUGCAGAGUGACCACAAGUGGUUCUUUGUCUGUAACAAAUGGCUCGCACUGGAGAAGGGAGACGGUCGGAUUGAUAAAGUGUUCUAUGCAUCAUCUGAAGAAGAAAUUAACAGCUUUAAGAAUAAAUUCUACAACCGCGCCGCAACUGGUCUUGGCGAUGGUCAUCUGUGGAUGUCAGUGGUUACCAGACCCCCUACGAGUCCAUUCACGCGUGUACAGAGAGUCACGUGCUGUUUAUGUGUGCUGUUGACGGCGAUGGUGACGAACGCUAUGUUCUAUCAGUUUGGGGAAGAAUCCAAGGACUCAUUCCAGCUAGGACCACUCGUGCUUAGCGUCAAACAAAUCAUCAUAGGCAUAGAAAGUAGUCUUCUUGUGGUACCGAUCAACAUUUUUAUUGUGAUGCUAUUCAAAAACAGCAAACGAAAGAAUGACAAUGAGAAAAAUCAGGAUAGAGAAAAGAAAGAAAAGAAAGGCUUUGCGUUCCCACAUUUUUGUAUAUACGUGGCCUGGGUGCUUGCAAUUUCUGCAUCCCUUGCGUCCGCAACAUUUACGCUGUUCUAUAGCAUGAUGUGGGGACGAGAGGUGUCCAAUCAAUGGCUCACAUCGAUCUUGGUGUCGUUUUCACAAGACGUCAUCUUCAUCCAGCCUAUCAAAGUGGUAAUUGUGGCAUCGCUUCUCGCUUUCAUCAUAAAAAAAGCUCCGGAGGAACAGAUGGAGAAGGAAGAAUCAGCGCAUGCCCAGAAAAACGGCGGCGCGUCACACUUCAGCAAGGUUAAAGGCGAGAUUGAGGAGCCAAAGUCUCCUAAGAGAGAGGAAAUGGAGGUGUUUCGUCAGUACCGCGUUAGGGUGUUGAACAUGGCGCGCACGUUGAUUGAGCUCUUCUUCUACCUGACAUUUGCCUGGAUGUUAAUGGUUCUGUGCUAUGGCAGUAGAAGCGUUGGCAGGUUCCUCAUGACAAAAGGCAUCGAUGAUAUCCUCAUCAAGUUUGAUAAGAUUGGCAGUGAAGAGAAUUUCUGGAAGUGGGCAGAGACCUACAUGGUACCUGGCAUGUAUGAUCCGACCUGGUACAAUAAUCAGCCGUUUGAAUACAAGGAGGGAUUCUUAUCCAAUCGGAUCGGCUACUUGGUUGGAAUGCCAAGACUCAGGCAGCUCAGAGUUGAGAAUGACGAGUGCCCUAUUGGUGACCGUUACGACAGCUUCGCCACGAGACUCAGGCCUUGUUAUCCACACUACUCCUUUAAAGCGGAGUAUAAAACAUUAUACAACAGACCUGGUUGGGACGCCCUCACACAGAACGAAACCUUCUUUCACUCGGAGUUCGAGCUAUAUCAGAUGUGUCCUAGACCAUGGCGCUACAAGACGGCAUCGAGCCUCCACACCCUCCCCUUCCAGGGAGACAAAGAUUUAUACGGUGGGGGUGGAUAUGUGGCAGACUUGGGAUAUACUGCAUCGUCGGCAUUGAGGGUAAUGCACAAUCUGAAGAAGAAUAAUUGGAUCGAUGAAAGGACACGUGCUGUUUUUAUGGAGGUGCUGGUGUUUGAGCCGUCAAAUAGUUACUUCAGUGCAGUCACUUAUCUUUAUGAAAGGUUGGCAACUGGAGGCGGUACGACGUAUCGAUCCAUAAAAACAAUGUCAUUGUACGGUUCAAGGUCACACGGUCUGCAGUCCCUAUACGCAGUUUGUGAACUGGUUCUGAUCCUCAUAGUGAUAUACUUUAUCAUUGCCGAACUCAUCAAGCUCUACAGGCAGAGGUGCGCCUAUUUCAAGUCUGCCUGGAACUGGAUAGAGAUUAUUCAGGUUCUCGCUGCUAUAGCAACCAUUGUGCUGUCAAUCUUCCGCCGUUACCAUGCCAGCCAGCUAGUAAACCGCGUACACGAGAAUCCCUUCAAGACAUCUAGCUUCCACUACGUGGUUAUGUGGUCGGAAAUUGAAAAUGCGCUAAUGGCUGUUCUCAUAUUUGUUAUCACUGUAAAGCUACUCAGGAUCUUGAAGUUUAACAAACACAUCAGCCUUCUCGCUGGUAGUAUGAAGAAGUCUGCGAAGCGCCUGGUGUCCUACUCCGUGGUCUUCCUGGUAGCCUUCAUAGCCUUUGCACAAGUGGCCUUCCUGGCGUUUGGUCCAACGACGACGGCCUAUUCCACCGUAGUUCGAGUAUUCCGUACACAGUUCUCUAUGUUUGUUGGCGGUGAUCCGGAUUGGGAGGCCCUUAAAUCUUCAAGCGGAUUCAUAGGUCCAAUUUACUUCUUUGGAUAUAUGACAGCAAUGGCAACAAUCUUGAUCAAUAUGUUCAUCGCGAUUCUGAACGAAGCCUACAAGGAGGUUCAUGCCUUUAGGAAUCAAGACCCUGAAGACACUAAAAUGAUGCAGGUGUUUAUAGACUAUGCAACCGGAAGGUUAAAGGAUAAUAUGUCUAAGAUCAAGGACACUAAAUUAUUUCCCACUUCGCAACAGUACGACGUGGGGAACCCGUGGAGGUAUGAGUCCGAGACAGAGCAGAAAUACACGACGCUUGGAUGGGGCGAUAGCAGGAGCCAAGCCGUAGCCAACAACGAAGACGACGUGAACAUCCUUGAAGAAGUCAAAGGGUGCUUCAAAGGAUUGCGUUACGAGUUGGCGGCGUUGUCACUAUGGUCACGGUCACGCAAGUACAAGGUAGAGAAGGCUUUCAAGGAGUCCAACCGUGAUGCCUCCUCGGAUUUUGCACAAGAAUACUGCAGAGGGAUGAAAAUGAAGGCAACGUCCAUCACCAACAGCAUCCACAAUGUCACCGAUGACUUCUUUGGAAAGAAAAGGGAGACAGCGUUGUUGGAUGACUAUGAUGGGUUUUCAUCUGCUAUCGAUGAGGAGGGGGUAUCACGGUAUGAUAGCGAGGUGUCUGGGUACGGUGAUGAUAUCUCCCUCGUAGGAAGGCGCUUCAAAGACAAGGACUCAUUGGUGAAGAACGCAGAGGACAGGGAGACCAUUAUAUAAAAACAAGGAAUUGUAAUGGGAGCGAGGAAUGUGGAGUGCCAAGCCUGGGUACACCUCAGGGUGCAUGGCUCCGUAUGUUACCGAAAGGCAUGCAGGGUAUACCAAACAUCAAUCUAUCUAACUGCAGGAGUAAUGGAAAAUCUCUCAGCAUGCUUAUGUGCUCUCAGCAUGCUUAUGAGAGCAGCAUGUACCCACAACACCAGGAAAAACUAAAAGCGAACGAUAGCUGCUUGCCAUGUGAACCAAAAUCACAAUAGCAGUACUAUUCUUUUCUUUUAAGAAUGUAUUGAAGUUCGAUAGCUUUCGAAAAUUUAAACAUGCAUGCAAAAGGAUAUCAGCAUCAGCAUCCAUACCAAAUAAGAAUUGUCAGUCCAAUUUAUUUCAUCGAAAAAAUAUUAUUGUAUAAUAUGCAAACGAUUGCGACUGAUGAAAAUUGGAAUGUCUGUGGUUUAUUUAUUCCCUCAAAAAGCCAUGUAUUUAAUCAAACUAUUUUAGGGCAGAACCCUAAAAUAAAUUAAAGUUCUGAAAAUUUG